GUUUACGCCGACCAGAGUGAGACCAAAUACUAGACGAAUUCAUUAAGCAUCUGAGUAGCGACGAGAAAGUGAGUUAGAGAAGACGCAGAAAGACACACACACACACACACACAGAGAGAGAGAGAGAGAGAGAGAGAGAGAGAGAGAGAGAUAGACGACGACGACGACAACAAAAAUGGCGACUACCACCACCAGCAACGGGACCAACGGCGGCACAAACGGCACAAACGGCACAAACGGUACCAAUGGCGUCCACAGCGAGCAACAGAGCAGCAGAUUCGACCCCAACUUCACUCAACAUGUCGUCAAUCUCAUGAGCCCCGAGACCAAGCCCAGACACAAGCAGAUCCUCGGCUCCCUCAUCCGCCACAUGCACGAUUUCUGCAGGGAGGUUGAGCUCACCCAGGAGGAGUGGAUCAUCGGCGUCAACUACGUCAAUGCCAUUGGCGGUGCCUACCAGAAGAACCGGAACGAGGCGUGGCGGGUGUGCGACAUUCUGGGCAUUGAGUCACUCGUCGAUGAGAUCAACCACAAGAUCGUCACAGACAAGGGCCUCGAGCCCACCUCCUCCACCAUUCUCGGCCCCUUUUGGUCCCCCGAGACCCCCUUCCGCGAGAAGGAGGACAGCGUCAUCCUCAACAUGCCCUCUGACGGCCAGGCCACCUACUUCCACGGCGUGGUCCGCGAUGUGGACACCGGCAAGGGCAUUCCCGACGCUGUGUUCGACAUGUGGCAGGCCAGCACCAACGGCAAAUAUGAUGUCUUUGACCCGGAGAACCAGACCCGCCACAACCUGCGCGGCAAGUUCCGCACUGACUCUGAGGGGCGCUUUGCUUUCUACUGCCUGAAGCCUACUGAGUAUGCUAUCGACACCUCGGGGCCUUCGGCCGAUCUGCUGAAGCUCAUGGGCCGCCACCCCAACCGACCUGCGCAUAUCCACAUUAUGGUCACACACCCAGAGUACGUCGGCGUCACAGCCCAGCUGUACCCAAGAGACGACCCCUGGCUCGAGACCGAUGUCGCCUGCGCUGUCAAGGAUGACCUGCUGCUGGAUUUUGUGCCCGUCAAGGAUAAUCCCAAGUGCACCCUCGACUGCGAGUACAACGUGCGCCUGGUCUCCAAGAAGUACAAGCCUGAUGCCGAGAUGUUCAAGACGAAUGCCAAUAUUGUGGGAGGAAAGUAAAGAGGCAAAGAAGAAAAUAAAAACCACAGAAAAAAAGAAAAAAAGAGGAAGGAAUUGAGGGAGAGAAGACGCAAGGGUUGCUGAGGACGUUUCAUUAUGGGCAUUUCGAUGACAGUGCAUAUUUGAUAAGCGAACUAUCUUGGCAGGGCCAUUUACGCCCCUUAUUCUAUAACUCGAGCUUCC